UCUGCCCAGAUCAGUAGCGGUGCUGGGAGUCAUCUCCACUGACUCACUUCAGAGAGGAGCUUUGGGAUCCUCCCUUCCUGCGUGAGCAGUUUGAGUUGCACUUUUUUGCCUGCAGACGCACGCCAGGCACGAGGCUCCUCACUCCUCCCCUCUCCUACUCUCCCUUUUUUCCCCCCUCUUGCUGGGCUCCCAUCCAGAGAUUGACUGAGUCCAGGAGGAGAAGACACACUAUAGCAGCCUGCCUUCCAGGCAAAUGUAAUGGGAUCUUAUUGAUCACCUGUUUGGGAUUCUUUUUCCGGAAAGAGUGCAUCCGACUCGGACAAACGGAAGGACAAACAUCUGCGGCGUUAAGGUAGCGACCAGACCUCUCUUCUCCCUGGUUACUAAGAGCGGGCAAGAAUAAUAGCCAGAUCGUUAUCCUGCUUGUGGGUGGAUGCUGCUUCCAACACACUAUGAGGCAGAGCCUGUUUGGAAGCAAAGCAAACUGUGAUGACGAUCCAGAAACGGACCGUCACGUAGACUCGUUUUGGACGGUUUUUAUGCCCAUCGUCCCCCAAUGACACUUUUAUUUUGGGAGAGAAAAAGGAAAAAGUGAGACCAGUCUUUUCCAUUGCCGCUCGGGCUUUCCUUGUUUAUAAAUGAGGAGCACGCUUCAAAUGAUGGAAGGCCGCUCGAGGAGCCGCUUUUUGGCGCUGAUGAUGAUGUAUUUGGUCCGGAGCACAGUUGACACAGCCGCCAGCGUUUACCCAAGAAUACGUCUCUCACACAAAGAGCUCUGGCAGCUGAACAGAACCUGGCUGUUUCAGGGCCACGGAGUGCCCAUCCAACCCCAGACCAUGCUGCUGGACGAGGGCCACGAGAGGCUUUACGUGGGGGCCAAGAAUACUCUGUUCUCCCUCAGCCUGGACCAGGUGAACGCACACCAUAACGAGAUACAGUGGGCGAGUACUGAACCUCAGAUAGAAGAAUGCUUGAUGAAGGGAAGGGAAAAAAUGGAAUGUGCAAAUUACAUCAAGGUCUUGCAGCCGUACAACCAGACCCACCUACUGGUGUGUGGAACAGGGGCUUUUAACCCCAUCUGUGCCUUGGUCCAAGUGGGGAACACCAAGAAGGACACGCUGUUUGCGCUGGAAGAAGAGAGCGUCACAAGUGGCCGAGGACGAUGUCCAUUUGACCCCGACAGUCCGUGUACGUCCACCAUCUCAGGAGGAGAGAUGUUUGUUGGCCUUUACACGGACUAUUGGGAGAACGACGCCGCCUUGUGUCGCCUCAACAACCGCACCUACACACGCACCGAGAGAGACGACAGGCAGCAACUCAACGAAGCCAUAUUUGUGGGCUCUGCAGUUAUCCCUGACAACGACGACAAAGACGACGACAAGGUUUACUUCUUCUUCACCGAACGCGAGUUGGAUGCCGAGGGGGUGAAAAAGGCCGUCUACACCCGCGUUGGUCGGGUCUGCGCUAACGACCAAGGAGGACAGAGGAUGCUGGUCAAUAGAUGGAGCUCCUUUCUAAAAACGCGCCUGGUCUGCUCCGUGGCUGGACCUGACGGACUCGAUACGCACUUUGAUUUACUCGAGGACGUCUACGUUCUGAAGAGCAAAGACAAGAAAACCCCAGAAAUCUUUGGCCUCUUCAGCACAACAAGUGCGGUGUUUAAAGGCUACGCGGUGUGUGUCUACCACAUGGACGACAUCAGAGCGGCGUUCAACGGUCCCUUCGCCUUCCGAGAAAGACCCGAGCAUCACUGGAUGCCCUCUGAGGACAGAGUACCUUACCCACGACCCGGAUCUUGUGCCAGCAAAGUGAGCGGCGGGGGAUUCUCCAGCUCCAAAGAGUUUCCAGAUGAAGUUCUGCGCUUCGUGCGUGCUCACCCCGUCAUGUAUCGCCCCGUCGGACCGCAACACCAAAGGCCCGUCUUCCUGCAGACGGAGAGAGGCGGCAGGAAGUUGACCCAGAUUGCGGUUGACAGGGUCCAAGCCCAGGAUGGACACUACCAUGUCCUCUACAUCGGCACAGAUGACUCGGCGGUGCUGAAAGUGAUCACCAUCUACAACCAAGACACCGACACCAUGGAGGAAGUUCUCCUGGAGGAGCUGCAAGUAUUUAGGGUUCCAACUGCAAUAAAAGAGAUCAUUAUAUCUCCCAAAAGGCAACACCUGUACGUGGGCUCAGACGUGGGCGUGGCCCAGGUCAAGGUGCAUCAGUGUGACCUGUAUGGCUCAGAAUGUGCCGACUGCUGUCUGGCCAGAGACCCCUACUGUGCCUGGGACGGCCUCACCUGCUCCAGAUACUACCCGGCUGGAGUCUACACCAAGAGCAGACGAUUUAGGCGACAGGAUGUUCGCCAUGGCAACGCCGUCCAGCUGUGCAACGGGUUGCAAAUCGAUGAUGAACAAUGGCACAAAGCUGAGGAGAGAACGGUGUUUGGCGUGGAGGGUAACAGCACUUUACUCAAAUGUGUGCCUCGGUCGCUCCAGGCCAAGGUCCUCUGGUUCUUACAAAGAGGGGAAGACAAACAAGAGAUCCAUGCUGACGAGCGGGUCAUCUCCACCUCCCAUGGUCUGCUUCUGUUAAGCGUGAGAAGCUCGGACGCCGGCGUGUACGUGUGCCAGACCGUGGAACACGGAUACGUGCACACCUUAUUGCGCGUCGGCCUUCAUGUACUGAGAGAAGAGACGCUGGAGUCGGCCAUCCAAGGAGGCAAAGCCGGAUCGUCCUGCCCGCCCCAAGGGGGCCCUGGCCUCACCCCCAGGACUCUGGUGCCACCCUCCUCCAAUUCCAAGCAGUGGUACAAAGAGUUUCUCCAGCUGAUUGGCUACAGGGAUGCCCAGAAAGUGGAUGAGUACUGCGAGAGGGUGUGGUGCCCUGACAGGAAACGCAAAAAGACCAAAAAGAAGUUUGUUGCUUCGAGUGGCGAGAAGAGAGGCAAAGGGAGGGGAGAGGAGGGGUCCCAUCGAGCCCCCAGGCACACCUGAGAACACUUGUCAAUCUAUUCUUGAAAUAAUUUAGUAGGAUUUUGUACAAAAAAAAUGUAAAUAGGGGGGUAUUUAAAAAAAAAAAAAAAUGCAGGUAAUACGCCCUAAAUCAUGACAUGAGGAUGUUUUAUCUCAGAGGUGCAAACUUGUUUGUCCAUUUCCAUACUAAGUUCUAGUCACACAGUUGGCUUCGUCACUGGACCAUUUUGGACAGGAAGUUAAGUUAAAGUACCAAUGAUUGUCACACACACACUAGGUGUGGCGAAAUUAUUCUCUGCAUUUGACCCAUCACCCUUGAUCACCCCCUGGGAGGUGAGGAGAACAGUGAGUAGCAGCGGUGGCCGCGCCCGGAAAUCAUUUUUGGUGAUUUAACCCACAAUUCCAACCCUUGAUGCUGAGUGCCAAGCAGGGAGGUAAUGGCUCCCAUUUUUAUAGUCUUUGGUAUGACUCGGCCGGGGUUUGAACUCACGACCUACCCAUCUCAGGGCGGACACUCUAACCACUAGGCCACCGAGUAGGUUAAACACAAACAUAAACACACACGCACACACACUUUAACACACACAAACAAACACACACACAAACAUAAAAACACACACAAACAUGCACAAACAUAAAUACACGCGAACAUGAACUCACACAAACAUAAGCACACACACGAACAUAAACACACACAAAAACACACACACACACACACAAACAAACAUACACAAACAUAAACACACACACACAUAAAAACACACAAAAACAAACACACACACAAACAAACAUACACAAACAUAAACACACACACACAUAAAAACACACAAAAACAUAAACACACACACAAACAAACAUACACAAACAUAAACACACACAAACAUAAAAACACACAAAAACAUAAACACACACACAAACAUAAAAACACACACAAACAUAAACACAUACAAACAAACACACACAAACUUUAACACACACAAACAUAAGCACACACACAAACAUAAACACACACACACUUUAACACACAAACAAACACACACACAAACAUACACAAACAAACACACACGAGCAUGGACACACACAAACAUAAACACGCACACAAACAUAAACACACACACUAACAUACACAAACAUAAACACACACAAACAUAAACACACACACAGACAUAAACACACACACACACACACACACACACACACACAUUAACACACACAAACUUAAACACACACACAAACAUCAACAAAAACAUAAACACACACAAACAUAAACACACAGAAACAUAAACACAUGCACAAACAAACACACACAAACAUAAACACACACACAAACAAACACACUCACACUAACAUACACAAACAUAAACACACACACACAGAAACAAACACACGCACAAACAAACACACACAACCAUAAACACACACAAACAAACAUACACAAACAUAAACACACACAAACAUAAAAACACACAAAAACAUAAACACACACACAAACAUAAAAACACACACAAACAUAAACACAUACAAACAAACACACACAAACUUUAACACACACAAACAUAAGCACACACACAAACAUAAACACACACACACUUUAACACACAAACAAACACACACACAAACAUACACAAACAAACACACAUGAGCAUGGACACACACAAACAUAAACACGCACACAAACAUAAACACACACACUAACAUACACAAACAUAAACAGACACAAACAUAAACACACACACAGACAUAAACACACACACACACACACACACACACACAUUAACACACACAAACUUAAACACACACACAAACAUCAACAAAAACAUAAACACACACAAACAUAAACACACAGAAACAUAAACACAUGCACAAACAAACACACACAAACAUAAACACACACACAAACAAACACACUCACACUAACAUACACAAACAUAAACACACACACACAGAAACAAACACACGCACAAACAAACACACACAACCAUAAACACACACAAACAAACACACACACAAACAUAAACACACACACACAAACAUAAACACACACACAAACAUGAACACACACAAACAAACACUCACACACAAACAUAAACACACACACUAACAUACGCAAACAUAAACACACACAAACAUAAACACACACACAGGCAUAAACACACACACACACAUUAACACACACAAACAUAAACACACACACAAACAUCAACAAAAACAUAAACACACACACACAUAAACACACAGAAACAUAAACACAUGCACAAACAAACACACACAAACAUAAACACACACACAAACAAACAAAAACACUCACACUAACAUACACAAACAUAAACACACACACACACAGAAACAAACACACGCACAAACAAACACACACAAACAAACACACACAACCAUAAACACACACAAAGAAACACACACACAAACAUAAACACACACACAAACAUGAACACACACACAAACAAACACACACACAAACAUAAACACACACAAACAAACACACACACAAACAUAAACACACACACAAACAUAAACACGCACACAAAGAUGAACACACACAAACAAACACACGCACACAAACAUAAACACACACACACACACACUAACAUACACGAACAUAAACACACACACAAACACACAUUAACAUACACAAACAUAAACACACACAAACAUAAACACACACACAAACAUAAACACACAAACAUAAAAAAAAACAUAAACACACACAAACACACAGAAUCAAACACGUGCACAAACAAACACACACAAACAUAAACACACACACAAACAUAAACACACACACAAACAUAAACACACACACAAAGAUGAACACACACAAACAUAAACACACACACACACACUAACAUACACGAACAUAAACACACACACAAACACACAUUAACAGACACAAACAUAAACACACACACAAACAUAAACACACACACAAACAUAAACACACAAACAUCAACAAAAACAUAAACACACACAAACAAACACACAGAAUCAAACACGUGUACAAACAAACACACACAAACAUAAACACACACACAAACAUAAACACACACACAAACACACAAACAAACAUGCACACGAACAUAAACACACAUAAACACACACACAAAAAAAAAUAGGUGGCGACUUGUCCAGGGUGUACCCCGCCUUCCGCCCGAAUGCAACUGAGAUAGGCUCCAGCGACCCCCCGCGACCCCAAAAGGGACAAGCGUAGAAAAUGGAUGGAUGGAUAGACAAACAAAAAUAAAAAUAAACACAAACAUAAACACACACACAUAAACACACACUAACAAACACACACA